CCCCCUGAUCUUGCUUCCAUCCUCGCAACUCUUGCACAGUUUGCACCCCAGCAACAAAAUGCACAGCCAACUCCACCACCCACAGCCACAACUCCUACGAUCGCGGACCCUAGAUUACAAAGACGCCAAAACAUCCAGUCAUCAGUCCAACCCUUCACUCAGAUACCGGAUCACCUUCAGCAAAACAACCACCAGCCAUCAAAUUCGUAUAACCCUCAAGCUGCCGUCUUUCAACCUGUAGCCCCACAAGGACAAGCAACCACACAGCCAUCAAGGACAUCAACACCUCAACAACAGGAACAAACCAUUAUCGAUCCUGCAACAAUCACCGAAUGGUCUGCUGGCUUGCGAUGUGUGACCAAGAUCGCCGCUCGAAAUCCACAAUUUGCAGAAAAGAUACGUGGUCUAAUGAAUGUAAACAGGUACACGAGUAGACAAGCACUCAAACAGAUGCAAGCAAAAAGAUCCACUACUUCGAAUGAAUUGCAGAACAUCUUCACAAACACACCCUCAACCNCCCAAACCCCCGAGGAAAAAGCAGCCGAACUCCACGCCUUUGACCAAAAACUCUACAAAGCCCAGCUCGACAUGAAUGAGUCAAUGUCUCAAGUGCUUAAGCAUUUGGGUGUUCCUUUCUUUGGCACGCAUGCUGCGUUGAUCUUGCCCGAUCAUGAUGGCAGAGAAGACAAGGAAGGCAAGGUAAUGGAUAUACAAGGUGAACGACCGAAAUGGUCACCGAGGGUUACAGGCAAAGAAUUGAUGGAAUUGAAAAAGAGGAUGGUGGCGUACUUGGAAGAUAUGUAUAAGAGU